UUCUUGAUCAUGUUCACAAGGUCGUUGGCAGUCGAAGACGACUUUUUUCUGCUGAACGAUAGCUUCCGUCGAACGUCGGACAGCCUUCGCGGUUCGGCGGCCGGUCCGCUCAUCGCAACGCUCAACAAGCUGACUGAGGCAAGCCGAGGUAGUGUUUGCCUCACUGCAGCAGCCGUGCCAACAAUAGCUCCCGCUGUUGUCCCGCUGCCAGCUCGGGUCCAGUGCUUUCGCUGCAUAUCACAUACACUGGUCUGUUAA